UAAACAACGGACAAUUACCACUUGGUUGGAGAAUAAAGGACCCAAGACAACUGAGUCCAAAAGCUUACACAGCAAAGUUAAUACUGAAGCAAAUCCGAAGAUGACUUCCAUUAAAAAAGAGAACUUUUGUGAGCAUGAUGUGAAAAAACUAGAGAAUAUUUGUCAGCAAAAUUAUUCAAAAAUAUCUGUGGAAGUUGGUGCAAAGCAUGUACAUUUACCUCAGACAGGCAGCAUGUAUAACUGGGAGGCUGAGGACAAAGAUCCAGUCUUAGACACAGAGCCUGUAAAGGGGAUGCAGUCUGGAGACCUCUUUAAGAAUGCCAACAUCGAUCAGAUGCACAAAACUGGCAAGCAGGCUCAGAGAGGCUGUGAAGAAAGCAGUGACAGUUGGACUCAGAGGAAAUUAUCAUCAGGCCGGUCUUUGAAAAUGGGAAAUACAAAACUUUCUUCAAAAGACACUGAGACAGAUGGACAAGUGGCUUCAUGCAAUUCACAGAAGCUGAAGAGUUGCAAUUCUGUCUCUCUAAUGGGGGAACAAGAAGAAGGGGAUGUAGUUCCAGAAAGUCCACUUUCAGAUGCUGGUUGUGACGCUUGUAUAUCUGAUCUUGGAGGUCCUGGGAAACUGAGCAAAUGUCAGAGCAGUUCAGGGGAUUCACCUGCUUUUGAGAAAGAGAGUGAACCGGAGUCACCGAUGGAUGUAGAUAAUUCUAAAAAUAGCUGUCAUGGCUCAGAGGCUGAUGAAGAAACAAGUCAGUUUCUCGAUGAGCGAGAGGACAUCAAUAUGUCAAAAUCCAUAAACAAAUCUUUUAGAAUUCAAUAUGGGGAUGCUGAACUGGAGUCAAGAAAGUCACAGUUUUCUGCCAAGGGCUGUGAAAGCUUUGAGGAAAUAGAUAAUUCUGUUAAAGAGGAUAGUCUGCAUACAAAGUCACCUGGGAUCUCUCCUACUCUAUCAUCAGAAUGCAAAGGUGCAAAACAGAGUGUGAAGAGAGACUCCAAAAUCACCUCUCACUUCAUGAGGAUACCUAAAGUAGAGGAGAAAAGAAAAGAAAAGUGUGAAUUCAAACCCCAGAGGCCAGGAAGGAAGAUUCCUAAAUAUAUGCCACCUCCUCUUCCGACUAAUAAGAAAUGGUUUGGGACACCGAUUGAAGAGAUGAGAAGAAUGCCUAUGUGUGGGGCCCGUCUUCCUCAUCUGCGACCCUCAGCCAAUCAUACAGUAACCGUCAGAGUAGAUCUUCUGAGGGAAGGAGAGGUGCCUAAACCUUUUCCAACUCACUACAAAGAUUUGUGGGACAACAAACAUGUUAAAAUGCCUUGUUCAGAACAAAAUUUAUACCCUGUAGAGGAUGAGAACGGAGAUAGAACUGCUGGAAGUCGAUGGGAACUAAUCCAAACUGCCUUACUUAACAAAUUCACUUGCUCGCAUGAUUUGAAGGAUGCUAUACUGAGAUACAACAUUGCUUAUUCCAAGAAAUGGGACUUCACUGCUCUUACUGACUUCUGUGAGAAGGUUCUUGAAGAUGCAGAGGCUCAACAUUUGUUCCAGUCCAUUCUUCCUGAUAUGGUCAAGCUGGCACUCUGUCUCCCUAGUAUCUGCACCCAGCCAAUACCUCUACUGAAACAAAAGAUGAAUCACUCCAUCACAAUGUCACAGGAACAGAUUGCUAGUUUUCUAGCCAAUGCUUUCUUCUGUACUUUUCCACGUCGCAAUGCAAAGAUGAAGUCUGAAUAUUCUAGUUAUCCAGACAUUAACUUCAACAGAUUGUUUGAAGGACGGUCACCAAGGAAGCCUGAGAAACUUAAGACCCUUUUCUGCUAUUUUAGGAGAGUCACAGAAAAAAAACCUACGGGAUUGGUGACGUUUACAAGGCAGUGUCUCCAGGAGUUUCCAGACUGGGAAAGAUCUCAGAAAAAACUGUCUAGAUUGCACGUCACCUAUGAAGGCACCAUUGAAAGCAAUGGGCAAGGUAUGCUACAGGUUGACUUUGCAAACCGUUUUGUUGGAGGUGGUGUGACUGGGGCAGGACUAGUUCAAGAAGAAAUUCGUUUUUUAAUCAACCCAGAACUGAUUGUAUCGAGGCUCAUCACUGAAGUCUUGGAUCACAAUGAAUGUCUUAUCAUCACAGGUACUGAGCAGUACAGUGAGUAUACAGGCUAUGCAGAAACUUACCGGUGGGCAAGAAGCCACGAAGAUAAGACCCCAAGGGACGAAUGGCAGCGACGCUACACUGAAAUUGUUGCUAUAGAUGCAUUUCACUUCAGACGUUUCCUUGAUCAGUUUGGUCCAGAGAAAAUUAGAAGAGAGCUCAACAAGGCCUAUUGCGGCUUCUUUCGACCCAAUGUUCCACCUCAGCAUCUCUCUGCAAUAGCCACAGGAAACUGGGGAUGUGGUGCCUUUGGAGGGGACUCCCGAUUAAAAGCCUUAAUACAGAUACUGGCAGCUGCUGAGGCUGGGCGUGAUGUUGUUUAUUUUACCUUUGGAGAUGUGGAGCUGAUGCGAGAUAUUUACAGCAUGCACACUUUUCUCUGUGAGAAGGGCCAAACUAUUGGGGACAUUUAUAGGCUGUUACUGAGAUAUUACAAUGAAGAAUGCAGAAGCUGUUCUACUUCAGGACCAGAUGUCAAGCUGUACUCUUUCAUGUACAACACCAUUGAGUCCUAUGCAGAUUCUACUGAUGAUGAUGAUGAAGAAGAAAAAGGGUUGUGCUUCGAGGAUUGAAGUAAAUGUAUUCAACCAGAAUAUUGUUCAUCUCCUCCCACUGGUAUAUUGUGUGAAUUGCUGGGUAUAAUGUAUGAAUUGGCUUAACUUAAUAUAUAUUGACUGCAUUGGUAGUUAUGUAUAACACUCAAACAAAAAAAAACCACCUUUGAGAGACGAGAUUUUUUUUGUUUGAUGGUUUCGGACAUGAAAACCUUGUUCAUAUGUGUACAGAAAAGAUUUCUUCGGUAGAUCUGGUUUGCAUUAUACCUUGUUAAGCAGGAUUUUUUGGUACACAUUUGUACUUCAGUCAAGAGAUUGCUGAAAGACUUCAGAAGAUUUCUCUACGCUCCUUUGCCUUUAUUUUUCAGAGAUCUUACUUAGAUUUCUCAUGUAAGCUUAGUGCUGGAGUACAGGCAGCCAUGUAACUCUGGGGAUGAUUUUAGAGAGAAGGGUUGUAAUGAUCGUUUUUACUGAAAAUUGUCAUAAUUUGAUUACCUCCUUAAGACUGCCACGGUAUCUUCAUUGUUCUUAUCAACUUUUUCAUUUGUUUAACUUAAAAUGUCCUGGUUUAAAUCUAUUUUUUUAAUAAAUGGUUAAAAAUGGGAAGAUUCUGGGGGAGCUAUAAUGCAUUUCACAACUGCAUUGUCUUUAUCAAAUCAGACACAAAAGCUAGCAUGAAGAAGUAGAGAAAAAACAAAGUAUGGGAGGGUGGGAAAAUGAGAAAUGUGACCAAAGUUAGCAGAGGGAAACAUUUUCACCUGACACUCUUCAAUACCAUUUUGCUGGUGCUAUCUGUUACAAUGUUGAACAAGGUCUUAGAUGUGUUAGUAUAUUUGGAGUUUCUCAAGGUUCACUGUUGUUGGCGAUAUCAUUUGAAUUGAGGUCUGCUAGUUGUGUUUAUAUUGUCAUAUCAGUUCUCCUUUAUCACAGUACACGUAUAUGUGAGUAUAAGAUCCCCAUGGGAUAACGUGAGUGAGGAAAUGGAAAUCACUUACAUAUUAGUGGGAGGAAAGUCUGCAGGAUACAGAUAAGAACAUGAGGUCUUGUUAGGAGUUUGUGCCCGUGUCUUUUUAGGCGUGGGAAUAAUAACAAUGAAGAGAGGGCAAAAGAUGUGUAAAAACUGUGCUAUUACUAUCUCUGUGAAUACCAAAUUAGUGUUGCUUUAGUACAUUAAUAGUUUACACAAAGCUGCAGAUACAUCUGUGAUAAAACUUUUCCAGGUCUAUGUACUAUGUACAAUCCAAUGAAAUGUUUGUCUAUUAGUAGUUUAAACCCAGCUUAAGUUUAAGCCCAAAUUGCUAAGUUUAGCCUCUUCUGUGUUAGAUUUUCUGGUCUGUCAUGGUUGCUAUUACAAGUUUAGUAAUACAAGUAAAAACUGCAACAGGAAAUGUAGUGAACUAGGGCUCUAAUAUCAACAAAUCCUGUCGGCUAAUGUCAGACAUAAACCUCUCCAAGCCUGAAACAUAACAUGGUAAUUAAAUGCUGGAAGCUGUUGGCAGUCUGGCUUACAAUAAAGCACUCGCUGCUUGAGCUGCUCUGGUGGAAGCAAUAGCAAAGGGUUUGGGUCGUUUAUAAACACCUUCAGAGUGCUGCACCUUUGCAUUAAUGCUAAGUGGGCAGCUUGGAAGCGUGUUGCUUGGAAGGUGACAGACAACAGCAGUUCAAGGGUUUCUUUCUAUUCUUCCCACCAGCUGUAGUUUUCUCCACCCCCAUCCAUUAUAAGGAAAAGAUUUGGGCUAGAAUUUCAGGCCUUUUUCUGUGUUUGCAACCUGCGUCCUCAGAGUUAGCGGAAAUCUUUUCUACUGUUCCUGGUGUUUCAGUGUUGGCUCGGAUUCUGGCAACAGGCGUAACUGUUUUACAAUAAGCUCUUACUUGGGCAUUUAGGUUCAACUAUGGUAGUGCUUCUAGAUGUGUUGCUGAUGAUAAAUGUACCCUGUUAAUUAAGACAAGUGAUGGAAAAUUGGUGCUAUCUGCCAAACGUUCUUCACCUUACACUCAGGAUUUCCUAUAGAAAAGGUGAACAGAAUUUGUUCCUAAACAACUGGAAGAAAAUACAGCAAAAAGCUUUAGGUGGCUAGAUAUGACUUCCCCUUUAUUGUAAAUAAAUGCACCUUUAUUAGUGCAAUAUUAAUUUUCAUUGUAAGGGGAAGUGAUUGGUCAGGCAUGAAAAAUGUACCAAAACAAGAUGGCAUAAAAUUCUACUUCAACUCUAGAAACAGAAAAAUAUAUUUAAUGUUGGAAAGAUUCUCUGAAAAUCAUGUUAUAGGGUAUCCAGUUAAGAGAGUUUUUGCAGUGUCAGGUGUUUCCAGGAUAAAUCCUAGUCUUUUUAUGCAGUCCGUAUUUUCACUGAUAUCUGAGAAUUUUCUAAUAUGGGGAAGAAUGCCUUUUAUUUCUUUAGGAUAUGUUUACCAUACUUUUAUUAUUUUUUCCCCCCUGUGAAAUAUGGUUGUACAGACAGGAGAAAAGGAAAGUAAUAACUCAUUUUCUGUUUAAUGUGUCAUCUAAAUAAUAGUGAUAUAUCCUGCAUUCUACUGUGUGUCCCUGAUCUCGUAAAGGGCAAUGUUGUAAGAACACUUUGAAUAUGACUUUGAUCACAGGCAGGCUGAAGAUUAUAUUUUUCCUUAUUGUUUUGGAGGGGUUUUUUAAGCAAAAUAGGCCAGAGUUAACAAAUUAUCAACGGUGUUACAUUCCCAUGACUUUCUAAUUCAAUAAAGAGCUAAACUGCCCAGAAUGCUGCAUGUGGAAGCAGGAAUUUUGCAUCAGCCCAAUACGUGCUCUGCAUCUUUCUUUCUUUUUCCCUCCACCCACCGCUCUCCAUUUAUAAACUACCUGAAACGUUUUCUUUAGCUAGAGAUGCCUUUUGGUGCUCUGAACUAGCAUGGAAUGGAGAUGUCAAUGACCUCUUUGUGCAGCCUAGUAAGCUUCAGUUUCACUCUUCUAGAAACCUGUUUAUGGAGUAUUCCAUUUUUUGGGUUUUUUAUUACUUUAGGGAUGUUUGCUAUAUGAUUUCAAAUAAAAAUAAACUUCCUACCAAAACUUUUGUUUUAUACUUUCUAGCAGCUAAAUCGAAUGCUUAAUAUGAAACGACAACAAGCAGUCAUGUAGAUUGCAAUGUCGCCUCAUGGUCAAGUUUGGUGUCGGAGCACUUCUGUUGUUUUACAGCUCUUGCACCUAAGUUCCUCAGUUUUGAGGUGUUCUUAUCUAAUGAUGAGUACCCAUUACUGUAUAUAUUAAUUUAUAAACUGUUGAAGUGUUCCUGACGUUCUUCUAAACUUACAGUUUAUGCACCAUUAUAUUAUAUUGAUUUUUCUGGAUCUGUAUGCUACUGUUUACAUGAUUUUGUAGGAAUACGAUUAAAAAAUUCUG